AUCAGAAUUGUUUCCUUCGACUUAUACACCUCCCUGAAGCCUUAGUUACUUUCGUUAAUCGUUAGCCAUCUCUGAGGUUGACCAUGUAGUUCAACCUUUCAGAAUUUCUCCAAUUCAAAGGUUUCUAUACUGCUCUCUCUAGCAUUCUCUCUUUUUUUCAUAACACUCUCGAAUACCCACUUUUUCCUAUCAUUUAUUGCUCUUUUUCUUGUGGGUUUUACUCGUAUAGUCUUCCAUUUGCUAAUUUUGGCUUCUCUCAGCUCUGAUUCGGUGCCUUGUAUGAUGGGUUCUUGCAUAUUUGCUAAUAGACUAUUAUUUUAUGGGGGUUUUAGUUUGGUCUUUCGUUAGAAGGUCUCAAGUAUUUGCGAAUUUUGUUAGGUGUGUUCUUGCUUCUGGUUCUUUUAGGUGAAUAUCAACUAUAAAUUUCUGGCAAGAUGUCUUCUGAACAGCAAAACCCAAUGGAGCUGGUGCUUUCUCGGGAUAAAGAAAUAGGUUCAAGGAAUCAUGAGAAUGGCCCGAUUGCUUAUUCAUUCUCCAUAAGACAGCAUGUUCUUGCUGCUCGUGAGAAAGAUCUCUCUCUUAGUUGGCCAUUUCCAGAGAGAUACCUGUACGUCUGCCUAAAGAAUGGUAUAAAAAAUGUGCUUCCACCUUUGGAAGUUUGUGACUCAACAACUAAUCAUUUGCAAGGAGAAGUAAGUUCAGCAUGUUGUCAAGAAAAGCGAGAAAAUGAUGCUUGCAGUGAGACGAACAACGUUGAGAUAGCCGGUGAAAAGUGUCUCAAAGUUGGAUGUGAUUCAACAUGUAAUGAAGCUAUUUCCAAAGUUUCAACACAGCACAACAAUUGGUCUUUCUCUAGUGAAAGCUGUAAGCAUGGACAAAACAACCACCUUAGGUCUAAUUCUGUUCUUGGCCCCUUGUUUCCAAGAAUUCAACUGUCAAGUAACAUCCCAUGUUUGCAUCCUCUUGUUGAUCAGAGAACCAAAAUGGUGACUACCCCCAAGAGGUUAAGACACAAGCAAUGGAAACGCAAGGGGAAAGCUAAGAAGCGGUAUCUGACAGAUAUUUUGGCUGUUGCAAAACGUUGCACCUUGAAGGAAGUGUGUAGGGUUGAAGGCUUAAGAAUUGAUUCUAAGAAAAAUGCAGAGAAUGUUAGUGACGGAAAUAUAGGAAUUUCCAUGACUGAAGAUGGCUGUAAAUCUGAGUUAGAUGAGGAACAAGAAGAAAAACAUCAAGUAUUGACAAAGACGCUGUCGAUGCCAAUAUAAUGGGUCGGAAAAAGGCUAGUAGUGAUGAUUAAUUCGUAUGGAUCUGAAGUUAAAUAAAUAGUUUGAGAAAUGAAAUCUACUAGACCAGUGGAUAUGAAAGUUGUUCUCUGCUACAAUACUUACUGUGUAUUAAUUUUGUCUCUCUCUGAAGCCUUAUUUUAUGUUUGAAUAAAUUGGCACAAU